AUUAGUGGCGGGAAAGUCACGUGACUUUGACGGCGCUCAGCACAUGUAGAAACAAGAGGCCAAACCAAAACAAGUUAAAAUGGGUGAUCACCACGAUUUGCCUUUUAAGGCGGAAUAUGCAAAGAGUGGAAGAUCGUCUUGUAAAGCAUGUAAAAGUUCUAUUGGACAGGGGUCGUUGAGACUUGCUAUUAUGGUUCAGUCUCCUGUAUUUGAUGGAAAGAUUCCAAAUUGGUUUCAUUAUGCCUGUUUUUGGAAAAGAGCAAAAGUUGUUACCUAUGGUGAUAUACAUGGAUUUGAUUCUCUUCGAUGGGAUGAUCAGGAGAAAAUAAAGGAAAAAGUGGGAGGGGGAGGUGGAGGCAAUGGGGGUGGGGAUGCUACUGAUGGCAGCUCAGCUGAAGACUUCAACACAGAGUAUGCCAAGAGUGGGAAAAGUAAAUGCAAAGGCUGUGAAGACUUUAUCGCAAAGGGUGAAGUCAGAAUUAGUAAGAAAGACUAUGACAGUCAGAGAGCUAAAAUGUAUGGGCCUGUGGAUCAGUGGUACCAUGUGGAUUGUUUUGUGGAGAAUCGAGAUGAAUUGGAGUUUGGAAGUUCCUUGGGAGCAAAUCAAAUUAAAGGUUUUGAAAGAUUAAAGGAAGAUGAUAGAGCCAUGUUGAUAGAAAAAUUGGGAAAAGGAGCAAAAGUGGCAAAGAGAAAGGCUGAAUCUGCGAAAGGUUCUGGUGGGAAAAAAGCUAAGAAGGAGGAGACGGAAGAGGAGAAACAUCUUAAGGAACAAAGCAAACAACUAUGGACUAUCAGAGAUGACCUAGAGAAGUCCGUAUCCAAACAAGCAUUAAAAAUUUUGCUGGAAAUUAACAAACAAGAGGUCCCAUCAGGUGAUUCCAAGCUGUUGGAUGCUGUGGCAGAUUGUAUGGCAUUCGGAGCUUUGGAGAAAUGUCCAGAGUGUAAAGCUGGUCAGCUUGUAUACAGUGGCCAUGGUUACAAAUGUACAGGUAGUGUCACAGAAUGGACCAAAUGUAUGUACAUCACCAAGACACCCAAAAGGAAGGCAUUCAAAGUACCAAAAGAAUACCAUGAUGUCGACAUCCUCAAAAAACACAAGUACACAAAGAAAGAAAGAAUUUUUCCUUCAAGUACUCCAUCAUCGAGUGCAUCACUAGAUGUAGUGGAUUCUGGGUCUAAUAAACCACUGGAGGGAAUGAAGUUUGUUAUCAUAGGAAAAACCAAGAAGUCUAAGGGAGACAUAACAAGGGAGAUAAUGGAGAUGGGAGGACACAUUACUUCUAAAGUAGGAGCAGACACUGCAGCCUGUAUUAGUACUAAAGAGGAAGUUACUAAAAUGUCCAAAGGUGUGAAAGAUGCUCAAAACGCUAAUGUGCAAGUGAUUGAUGAGGGCUUCUUAGAUGCAGUGAAGAAAGGAGGGGCUGUCUUGUUGAUACAGAGUCAUAGUAUUGUGUCUUGGGGUUCUGAUCCGUCCAGUCGAAUUUCAAUAUCAGGAACAAAGAGUGUAGGGAAGAGUAUGGCAAAGACUCUAAAAGAUGAAAAAUAUUUUACAAAGAGUGUGCCUUCCACAUUGAAGAUGAAGGUUAAAGGCGGAGCAGCGGUGGAUCCGGAUUCAGGACUUGAGGACUCUGCACACAUUGUUCAGAAGAAUGGAGAUAUUUAUAGUGUAGUUCUGGGAUUGGUAGAUGUUGUAAGGGGAACUAACUCAUUCUAUAAAUUACAAGCCUUGGAAAAGGAUAGUGGGUCAGGGUGGUGGCUGUUUCGUGCAUGGGGUAGGGUUGGUACCACCAUUGGAGGGAACAAAUUGGAGCGAUUUGGAAGUGUAAAUACAUUACUGGAUGCGUUCAAACAGCUGUAUGCUGAGAAGACAGGAAACGAAUGGGAGAAUCGAAAAGACUUCAAGAAGUAUCCAAAUAAGUUUUAUCCUCUGGAUAUUGACUACGGACAGGAGGACGAUGAUGCUGUCAAGAAAUUGGACAAAACAGGUUCCAGGUCUAAAUUACCGAAGGCAGUACAAGAUUUGGUUUGCUUAAUAUUUGAUGUGGAGAGCAUGAAAAAGGCCAUGAUGGAGUUUGAGAUUGACCUUAAGAAGAUGCCACUAGGAAAACUGUCCAAGAAACAGAUCACUUCUGCAUAUGGUGUACUCACUGAGUUGACAAAUCUGAUGGAGAAAGGUGGAACAGAGACACAAUUUCUUGACUGCACCAACAGAUUUUAUACACUUGUACCACAUGACUUUGGACUGAAGAAACCACCAAUUUUGAAGUCAGCAGAUGUCAUCAAGUCAAAAACUGAGAUGUUGGACAAUUUGCUGGAGAUUGAAGUGGCAUACAGUUUACUCAAAGGUGGGGAUGCUGGAGAAGAUCCAAUUGAUGCUCACUACAAGAAACUACACACUGAGAUGGAGCCAUUGGACAAGAACUCUGAGGAAUUUAAAAGACUAAAUGAGUAUGUCAAAAACACUCAUGCUGCCACCCAUAACCAGUAUGACUUAAAUGUUGAAGAGAUAUUCAGAAUUGAAAGAGAAGAUGAGGCUGAAAGGUUUGCUCCUUUUAAAGACCUUCACAAUCGACAACUUCUGUGGCAUGGCUCUCGUACUACCAACUUUGCUGGAAUUCUCUCCCAGGGUCUGAGAAUAGCCCCACCGGAGGCACCAGUGACUGGCUACAUGUUUGGGAAAGGUAUCUACUUUGCGGAUAUGGUGUCAAAGAGUGCAAACUACUGUAGGACAUCAAAAGCUGACCCGACUGGUGUAUUGCUUCUGUGUGAGGUGGCCCUGGGUAACAUGUAUGAGAGGCCACAUUCAGAUUACAUUGACAAAUUACCGAAAGGGAAGCAUAGCUGUAAAGGUAUGGGUAUGACUUGUCCAGAUCCUAAGGGGACCUAUACAACACCAGAUGGCGUUGUCAUUCCCAUGGGAAAAGGAUCCAAUUCGACAUGCGGCCAUACCAGUCUUUUGUACAAUGAAUUCAUUGUGUAUGAUGUGGCACAAGUGAACAUGAAGUACUUGCUCAGAGUGGACUUUAAAUAUAAGUGGUGAUGUAAAGAUAGCGAUAGGAGACUGGAGCUCUUUGCUUACACUCUAGUGACUUCGGUUGUACACACUAACAUUACUACAGACAAUGCUACUGAACCCAGUUGGAGCUUUAUAAAGAUGUGAAAUUGUAAAACUAAUCACCGGAGGAGUCUGUAUUUAAAUCGUAGAAUACACAAUACCAUUGUUUAACCUUGUACGAGCCUUUCUGUUAGAUGUCUUUCUUUGUCAAUGUUGGUCACUAAUCUAACCAAAAACUAGGAUAUGAGAAGGGCUCUAACUGUUCCCCAAAAUCGACAGUUGUGCUCUUGCUACAAAAUUGGGUGUGUGCUUUAAUGCAAGUAUCCUGAAGAGUUGUUAAUUUUGGUGGAAAUAACCUGUAGGGUGAGAAUUACUGUAUUACAGAGCGGACAUUUUCCCACCAAAAUCUGUACUCUGAUAUGAUAUACUUGUGUAGCUAUUUUUUCUAACAGUUUCUGUUCAGAUUUCAUAUUUUUGUCAUUGAUUUAUGUUUUAUAGAGUUUUGUCAGAAAGAGGUUUACAUGUAGUUACAGUGUAACCUAUACUAUUUACAAGGUGGGUAUUAAAUGAGGUUGUGCUUCUGAAGUGGGUAAUUAAUGAAUGAUAUCAGCUAUGAAAAUCUUAGCUAGAAGUAGUUGGAGUCACUUAAGUCAAUAAAAAAAAAAAAAUGAAAAAGAAAAAAAUAUGAAGUCCUUCCAGUACACUGUAUAUACACAUACAUGUAAAUGCUGAAGUUAGACUUUCAAGACUUAUUUUUAUUUUUGUAGACAAUAUGUUUUAAUAAGACUAGAAUUAUUAGUGAAAUGAAAAUAAUAAUAGAGGAGGUACAUAUAAGAUUUAACAAUGGAAAUCAUUCAAAUAACUUUUUGCACAUUUUAUGAAAUUAUUGCAUUUUUAAACUUUCAUGUUUCUACAAGGUAACAAAUGGCCAAAUGGUGUAUUGAACAAUACUAAAAAUGAAAGUUUUAUUUUUUUUGGUGUUUUUGUGAAGUGGCAAUUUGUGUAGGCCAAAUCUGAAAUUGAAUUGGGUUUGAAAUUGCCUCCUUUUGAUUUAUCCAUGUACCUGUAGAAAUGCUCUUGUCUAAUGAUUUAAUUGAUAAUAUUACAGAUACACAUACAGUGAAUAAUGCACACUAGGAACAUCUCUCGUUUGUUUUCAAUGUAGGAAGAACUCACCUGUUGCUGAUGUAGGUACUGUAUAUUUUAGUGAUGGAUGCAUGUAGCGAUUUGUUCUCUAGGCUUUGUUACUGUGAAAAUAAAACCUGACAUUUCAUCUGAA